ACAUGUGAAUGAGAUACACGGAUUUCAUAAACGAUACAAGGCAAAAUAUGUGUUGCAUGUCUGGAAAACCUAUUUUGUUGAAAUCGUUGUUAUUUCGUAAUAUUGACCAAUUAAAUGGUUAAUAUCACACAUGUCAGUCUUUUUUAAUUCAUAAGAAAGAUUCGUCUUGCGUUCAGUCGAUAACGUAUCAUCGAUUAGGGGCGCAUGCGCAGAAUUGUAUAACGGAAAGAAGGGUGCGGGCCUAUAGGCCAUGAUUCGGUUUAGGACGCCAGCAGUCGCCACUGGUCCAACUCGCAACUUGCGACUCAGUCUGCCAUGACAGUCGUCGGUGUCACACGAGUGCGCCGUUCAACUUCCGUCUAUUAUUGACUGUGUCUUUCUGACAAAGGGAACGAUCCAAUGGGCUAGGCUGUUAUACGCUCCGACGGACACGUGUACCAUCGUUUUCGAGUGACUAUCGUAUCGAACGGUUUGGAUCUGGAGAAUUAUACGAAUUGCACGCGUCUUUGGCCUAGUGAAUGGCGGCGGGUGGUGUGGUGGCGGUGUUGUGACGUGUGUCUCGUGCUGCGUUGACUGUCAGUUUCGUCGUGUAUCGAAAAUCGCGUCGGUUCUGGAUCUCGUGUGACAUCAUCGAUCGUUGUUUACGAUUCGCUCGAUUGUAUCGCAAACAACUAACCGAUACACACGCCGCCCUGUCGCAACGCUUAACAUUCCUUUCUAUGAUUGUACGGCAUUUGUUUACGAGCAGAAGCUUUCCGUCGCUUAAAGAGCGUGAGAGUAAGGUGUGGUGAAAAAUGACAUGUAGAUUCUCGCUGCUCUUUCGCUCUUGCUUCUCUUUCUCCUUUCCAACCUUCCCCCCUUCCUCUUUGUUCUAGGCACGCGUAUUCCUAUCCUUCCCUUCCGCCUUCACCCGACGGUAUACCGGCGACUCGAAAGCCUCGCGAAGGUAAAAGUUCGCUGUCACGCGCGAUUGUCACGAUAUUGUUUUCACACGGAACGAUGCUUUCCGGUGAUGAAAUAACGGAGAAAGGAAUUAAUACGAUCAGCCCAAGAAUAAACUAUCGAAGUGUAUAAAAGUUGUGCUUUCGAUCAAUCGUCUUGCAUCAUAUACGAAAGAACACUUUCAAUUAGCUUUAACCAAGAAGAAGAGAGUGAGAGAGAGAGAGCCAUUCUUCUGUUCAUAAAGAAACAACGUAAGAAAUAAAGCAAGAGGAAGAAUCUUGUAAAAAAAAAUACAGUUUUGGAAUAUCUUGCUUGGAUUAAAUGCCGGAAACGACCGGCCAUGAAGAAACAGUUUGCUCUGGUAGGUUCACGCCCCUUUACGCGUCACGUCUCACCGUACCGUCAAUCAUCGACUGAAAAUCUAUCGAUGUAUUCGGUGUUUCGUGAUCCGUGUCGCGUGAAAACCUAGUACUUAAAAAUUUAUCGAGUGAUGCGCGAGUGUUGCUUCGUGUCUAUCGGUACCGUUUCGAUGUGGGAAUAGAUCGAAGCGUGGUGAAGAAAACGUGCCUCGUAUUGUAUCGUAAAAUAACGGGGCAUCGAAAGUGACGUAUCGUUUACUCGGAAUUCGUUCGUGACAGGGAAUUUCCUGUUACCGAUUUGCGCUCGCUUGGCGCGUACGCAACGUUGCGCGAGCGUGCACGCCCCUCCUCCCCUUCUUCCUCGUCGUCUUCAGAGUGCGAUCGUGUAUAGCCGUCGUAGGUCGUAGGGGAGUGAUUCCGUCGGUUGUUUAGUGUUUGCACAUAAGCGGCGGUGUGACCGGGCACACAUAGUCGUUUCGAUGGACAGUGUCGCGUUAUGCGCGCGGGUCGAACCGAAAUACGCGACACGGCGUGAAACUGUGCACGCGCCAGCUAUCAAUAGAGAAGAGAUAUCCUGUGUUAUCUCUUUCUCACAUUCGACUCAAGAUCCGUGCUGUGAAUGAGAAGAUGUUUAACUUUAUGAAGAAGGCUGCGGAGAAGGACGACAAGGAGAAGCGGAAGCGAGAGAAGAAGGAACGAAAAGAUGUCAAGAAACGAGAUCGCAGUAGUAUGUCCGCUGAGGAAUUGCUACGUUUGGAUGAACUUAAGGAUAUGGUGAUUUGUGUUCGGAGAUCGUUAAAGAUUCCUGGUCGCCGGAAGGAGAAGGAAAAGUUACCGAGUGGUAUCACCGCAGACUAUAGUGCUUCGUUCUUCGCUUACUUGGACCGUGAUAUCUUAGAAAAUUCGCAAAACUCUUCAAGCUCAGGGCAAAGUGUUCGCACUGGUAAUAAUUGGAAUACGAGAACGCCGGAUGGUUUGACACAGAGUGACUCUUCUGAAACUUCUUUGACUUCAUUGACUAUCACCACCACUACGUCUUCGGUUACACCAACCAACGUAUCCGGACAAUCAGGGAAGAAUCUGCCACCACUGCCGCCAAAGCCUCCGAAGCGAGGAAUUCUUAAGGGACCACGUCUGAGUGUCAGUAAUACUGUGAAUUCGUUGUCAGAGGAAAGCCAUCUGCCGAACGGAAACGAGACCAAUUACCAGGAGGCCAGCAAUUUACUGGUCAGAAACACGCUGCAGAACGAGGUGAUCGCUUACCAGAACGUGCCCACACACUUGUCAGGAUUUGGGAACGCUGUUAGCAAGGAGGAAGCUUGUAGCGAGGAGGAAACGCAGACAGGACAAAGCUCGUGGCAGGUAUCACCUCAGCGAACAGUUCAGCAGGCUCAGCAGCAGCAUCAGCAGCAACACCAGCAACAACAGCAUCAUCAUCACCACCAAAGCGACACCAAACUGUUGCAGGUGGUGACCAGUGCAAGCCCCUCCGCAGACUCCCUAACAGACACCACGAAUUCCAGUUUCGCAACACCACCAUUCAGCCUGUCGCCCGUAGGAGAAUCCCAGGGUUUGUCGAGGUGGAGAUCCUCGGCGUCCUUUGAAGAACAAGGCGUCGAGUUGCAGUUACCAGAGAUCGUCCCUCUGGAACUGCCCGAACCUCGCGAGCUUACGAUCCAAAGGCAACCACCACCGCGAAACGAUUUCGGUUUCUCGUUGCGUCGAGCUGUAAUCGUGGAACGAGCCGCAAAUGGUGUCACACAGAUGAGACCUGUGAUCUUCGCUGAACCAGGUUCAUUGAUACAACAUAACAACGACACCGGGUUGCUGCCAGGCGACAGGCUGAUCGAAGUCAAUGGAAUUAACGUCGAUGACAAGUCACGGGAAGAAAUUAUCGAUCUCAUUAAGGGCUCCGUUAACAGUGUUACCGUAAAGGUGCAACCGGUCGCGGAAUUGUCGGAAUUAUCAAGACGCGGUGGUAGCGACGGACGCCAGGUCGAACUUGCGGCCGCGAAUAUUCGUGGCGGUACACUUCGUCGAUCUGGUAGUUUGCGGUUUCAUCAAAACAUGGCACGGUCCGAGGAGCAUCUGGCGCAAGAACAAGCAUGGCUGAGUUCCGAAAGAAUUUGGUUAUUACAUCGAGGUGGUUUUACCCCUGCGACGAAAUGUGGUCCAGCAGAUCCGGACACAGGAAAGCUAAGAAUUCGUUUAACCACUUCUGGCGAGGAACUUCUCGUCGAUGAAGAGGACGUUGAAAAGGCCAACCCUCCUCAGUUUGACAAGGCCGAGGAACUCUCGCAAUUACGUUUUCUCAAUGAAUCUUCUGUUCUCCACACACUGAGACAACGUUAUGCCAGUAAUUUAAUACACACGUAUGCGGGAGAUAGCAUGAUCAUUAUCAAUCCGGUGGCGCCAUUAGCGAUUUACUCUGAAAAGGUAGCACAUAUGUUUAGAGGAUGCAAAAGCGAGGAUAUGCCACCUCAUAUCUAUGCGAUGGCGCAAGCAGCUUACAGAGGGAUGUUAGCCACUCGAAGGGAUCAUUCCUUAGUGUUUCUUGGCCGUAGCGGAUCUGGAAAAACGACAAAUUUUAAACAUGCUCUCCAUUAUCUUGUAUUGGCUGCAGGCACAGUUAACAAGAUUUUGACCAUUGAGAAACUCAACGCCCUAUUCACAGUUUUGGAGGCAUUUGGAAACAGCAGAACACACAUGAAUUCCAAUGCAACACGUUUUACACAGCUCUUCAGUUUGGACUUUGAUCAAUCGGGCCAAAUAGCAUCGGCUUCUUUACAGGUCCUACUUUUAGAAAAGUCGAGGAUAGGCAGAAGAGCGAAUGGAGACCCAACUUUCCAUGCAAUUUACCGUUUACUGGCAGGCGCAGAGGGUGCUCUUAGAAAGGAAUUGCACCUGACCAAUCUAGUCGCAGAGAACAAUGUGUUCAUUACACCUUUGCAGAAGCACGAGGACAAACAGCGUGCCAUGGUGGAGUUUAAUCGAAUCGUGGCCGCUUUCAGGAUUCUCGGCGUUUCUGAGUCCGACGAGAAAGUCAUUUGGCUAGUCCUUGCUGGCAUAUAUCACCUGAGCUGUGCUGGUGCGGUUAAGGCUGGUACCAGUUCGCAAAGUCGAUGGCAGUUUGCAAGAGUGGAAUGUGCAGAGAAGGCUGCAACGUUAUUGGGUACUACCGUUGAGGAAUUGAGUAGAAUAGUGUUUUCUUCUAAUGGAGGCGGUGCUGGUACACCGAGUACUCCGAGGCCUGCUUUACGUACACCAAGUCCUACCGAACAAAGCAAAGAUAUCAUGGGAUUAGAUGCUCUGGAAGGUCUUUUGAUUGGACUUUAUUCCGAAGUGUUCCAUUGCGUAGCUGCUCUCAUCAAUAGAUCCAUAUCAUCAUCCGUGCACACAGUGUCUUCUUUGUUGUUGUGUGACUCGCCAGGUUUUCAGAAUCCAGCCUCUUGUGGACGACAAACGGGAGCCUGUUUCGAAGACCUGUGUCACAAUUACUUGCAGGAAAGGCUGCAACUGUUGUUUCAUCAUACGACACUGGUGGCACCAAAGGACAGGUACGUCCAAGAAGGAAUUGACGUAGAUUACGAAGAUGACUGCGACGAAGAUGGAAUUGGAUCACCUCAGGGUUUAAUUUCGCUACUAGAUCGUGGAAGUUCGCAAGGUGCAACGAUGUUGCGAACUAGCCAAAGUGACCUUAGUGGAAGUAGACAAAUAGAACGAAAGGGUCUUCUGUGGCUGUUAGAGGAAGAAACAGUAUGUCCUGGCGGCAGCGACGAGACAUUUUUAGAUCGAUUGUUUUCUCAUUAUGGAGAUAGAGAUCAUCAAUUAUUGUUAAGAAAAGCACCUGGGAACAAUCAGUUCGUCUUACAACAUUUAUUGGGUACCAAUCCUGUACUUUACACAGCAACAGGAUGGCUGAAAGCAACACGGGAGAAUCCUGUUACUAAAAGUGCCAUUACAAUACUUCAAGAAAGUACAAGGGAAGAUGUGAAUAUGCUGUUUGUUAGUGCACGUGGAGCAGGAGUAUCUGGAGCUUUAUGCAGUUCCAUGCCUGGUUUGGAAGGUUCACAAUCUUUGAGAAGAGCUUCUAGUAUACGGCGAACAUUCACUACUGUUAAAAGGAAAAAUAUAUCUCUUCAGGUUAAAUUCACUGUUGAUGGACUGAUUGAAACUUUGCGGAGAACACGAGUUAAAUUUGUCCAUUGUAUACUACCGCAACACAAUGCUGGAUGUACCGAUAAUAAAAGUUUAUUGUCAGUAAAAUCAAAUCAAAGCGAAGACAGUGUUAUUAACGUACCGCUUCUACGAUCACAGAUUCGUGGAAGCCAAAUAAUUGAUGCAGUUAGAUUGCAUAAAGUGGGAUUCCCUAAGCAUAUAGCUUUAGGUGAAUUUAGAAGACGAUUCAGUUUAUUGUCAAGUGAUGUAAACACACGACCAGGCAGUCCUGUAGCUGAUGAACGCCGUGCUGUGGAAGAUAUGAUGCUUACCAUCGACGUCGAUCCAGCUUUGUAUCGUGUUGGACAAAGCCAGAUAUUUUUCAGAUCAGGUACUCUGGAGCGACUGGAGGCUCAGAGAGACGAGAAGCUAACUGGACACAUUAUUCUUCUUCAAGCAAGAUGCAGGGGUUAUCUGGCACGUCGUAAACUCAACACUUUGAAACUGCAAGAUCUUGCGGUUAGAUGCAUACAGAGGAACGUUAGGAAGUGGAUGUCCGUAAGAGAAUGGCCCUGGUGGAGGUUAUACGUGAAAGUUGCACCUUUAUUGAAUGUUCAUAGAACAGAGGAUCAAUUGAAGGCGAAGACGGAGGAGCUCGAGACUCUGAGAGCAAAGGUCGAAAGAUUGGAGCAGGAGCGGAAUCAUUUGAAACACGAUAAUGAUAGAUUGGAAGCUAAGCUGAGCGAAAUGACUGCCGACUUUGCGGAAGAGCACUCAACAUCGACGUUGGCGGCCGAAAGGAUCGACGCUGAGACUUCGGAACGUCUACGACUGGAAAGAGAGCUGCAGGAUGUGACCGAGGCGAACAAGAAUCUGCAGCAAACGACUGAACGUUUGGAGAUGGAACUUUUGUAUGCGAGGGCCGCAGACUUAAACGGCGUAGUGUCCGAUGCUGAAGAUGGUGAAGACGGUGGCGUUUACAAGCAGAGAUACGAACAUGCUGUAAGGGAACUCGAGUUCACGAAGAGAAAAAUGGCCCAGCAACAUGAGGAUGAUCUUGAGCAGUUGGUUGGACUUAAGAAGCAAUUGGAGAAGAAGUUAGCUGAUGCUUACGAAGAGGUCGAGGAACAACGUCAGGUUGUUGGACAAUGGAAACGACGCGUGCAAAAACUGAAUGGCGAGAUGCACGACUUGAGACUACUGUUGGAAGAACAGACAGCUAGGAAUAAUCUUCUGGAAAAGAAACAGCGCAAAUUCGAUUCAGAAACUCAGAAUUUAAUGAACGAUCUACGGCAAGAGAAAGCGCAACGUGAAAGAUUAGCUAGAGAAAAAGAAAUCGCGAUCGCGGAGAAGUUUACCAUAGAACAGAACCUUAGUGACGCAAGAUUGGAAAUCGAAUUGAAGGAAGAAAGAUUGCGGACAUUGGGCCAAGAGCUUGAGGAAUUAACAUUUGGUGGCAAAACGGAGGAGGAAGUAGCACAGCUGAAGAAAGCGAAGCAUGAGCUGGAGAAGAGAGUAAAGGAUCAGGAAGAAGAGUUGGACGACUUAGCUGGCCAGGUGCAGUUGCUCGAGCAGGCGAAGUUAAGGCUCGAGAUGAGCAUCGAGCAACAACGCAAGGAAAUACGCAAAGAGAUGCAGCAGAGGGACGAGGAGUUAGAAGACGUACGUGGUAACGCUCUGAAAAAGGUGAAAGCUCUAGAGUCGCAGUUGGAGAACGAGCACGAAGAGAGGACGAUAUUGCUUCGAGAGAAGCAUGAAUUGGAACGUCGUUUGGUAGCUAUCGAAGAACAGGAUCGUGCUGAACGUGCGGCAGAAGCUGAUACCAUGCAUAGGCUAAAAAGAGAUUUGAAGAGAACCAAAGCAUUGCUAAGAGACGCUCAAACGAUGCUGGAGAGAUCGAAAGGUGACUCGACGGGUAAAGCAGCUUUACGACAGCUGAAGAACCAGUUAGAAGAUGCAGAAUGCGCUAGAGCAGUUGCAGUUAAAGCGAAACAGGCACUGGAGCAAGAACUGAAUGAGACGCAGGCUUCGUUGGAGGAAGCACUGCGGCAACGUUCCGAAGCAGAAGAUCGUGCUAAUGUAGCUAGUCGCGAACGAACUGAGCUACUGUCGCAAUUGGAAGAAAAUGAAGAAGAGUUGGCAGAAGUUUUGAAGAAGUAUCGGGCGGCUGUGCAGCAAGUGUCCGCGGAGCAGGGCCAAUUGCAGGAAGCGCAAGUGCAGAUUGCUGCUCUGGAGGCAGAGAAAUCUGCGUUGAAGGAUCAACUUUCAGAGCUGACGCAACGGCUUGAAUCCGUUGAGCAGCUUGGCGAUCCCACUGCGAACAGUCUCGCUACUCGACGACUCGAGUUUCGUGCUAAGGAACUCGAAAGUAAGCUCGAAUUGGAGCAAACGACAAGAGCGCGCUUGGAAACUCAAAUAGCUAGAUUGAAAGAAAACGUAGAGAAACUACAAACUGAGACUGCGUUACUUCGAACAAAGGAACAGAGUGCCCAAGAUGCCUCGAGAAGAUUGCAAAGGUCGUUACGCGAAACAAGAGAAGAAGCCAGUUCGGCACUAGCGCGUGAACAAGAGUCCACGCGUGCUCGUCGCGAAUUGGAAAAAUCUCUUGAGGCUGCUGAAGCGGAGACCAAAGUCGCUAGAGACGAUCUCAGGUUGGCGCUUCAACGAAUUGAUGAUCUACAGAGCGCCAUACAGGGUGAACUUGAUUUAGAUUGCAGCGAGGAAGGGACAACCGAAAACAGCGAUAGUGAUUGAUGCGAACAGUUGUCGGAUCUCGAAUCCGACGGAAGCAAAGAUAAGGAACCUACUGAUCAACGUAUAGCUGAAAGAAUUACUGACGAAUCGCCGCUUGUUGAGUCAUCGAUGGAUAAUUGUUAAUUCACAAGGCUGAAAGGAGAACAACAAAGACAGAAAAUCAACAAAAAUGAUAACAAAAGAAAAAUGAAAACAUACAAACAGUUCAAAAUCGCUAGACUUAGUUUCUUACUAUUAACGUCGUCACCACUGUCGGUCACAUUCAACAUUAGCGACAGCGAAUCAAAAUUGAAGGAUAUCAAUCAAAUCACUAAUUAUAUAUAUAAGGACCUUAUCUCACGCUAGAGUAAAAUUUUUAAACAAAAACUGAAGAGUAACGAGUGAAAUCCAUCGAUUUGUACGAUUACAGUUAGCAUAAUUUCACUCGUGACUCUUUUCUCAACAUAAUCGAAAAAAAUGACAAGCUCGUAGGUGGUGCUAAUUUCAAAUCCCAAAAAACGUGUUGAUGUCGUGGCUAUUUGUAUUCUGCUUCUUACUACGUGUCUUUGGUGCUAUAUUAUCCGACAGUAGAUUUUGUCGACGGAGUACAUUGUUGUUCCAGUCUUCCAAGGGGAAAAAUCGAGCUUCUCGAUGCAGUGAUGUCGAGAUGUAAAAACACGUCCAUGUGCACAAUUAUCAAUGCCUUUCCAACGGCCCAAAGUUCAAACGUGCAACGUAUCAUGGAAAACGAAAUAUCAAAGCCUUACUUCUUCAGAAAGCAUUUUACGCUUUUUUAACACUUCGCUAUACCUAGCCGAUAACGUUGGCUACACAGUUUGUAUUAUAAAACGCGAGCUGCGCGCCGCGACUCAGUUUUUUGGUUUCUUAUAUAAGGAUUCAUAUGUAACUUAUUGCUUUGUAAAAUGCAGAUAUCUUAUUUAAUUA